AUGGCUCUGUUAAAGGAGAAGAUCCCCAACAACUGUCUCCCCUUCAGUGAGUCGUACCAGAACGUACUAGCUACCGUUUUACUCCUGUUGGGACUUCUUGUUGUAUUGGAUAAUGCCAUCAAAGUUGCCCUUCUGAUUUGGAGAUACCUGAGCCAGUUUCUGAAGAGAACCUUCUACUUUUUCAUCACCAAAGGAGAUGGAUGUCUCAAAACACUGAAGGCCCUUUACUGCAGCAAGAAACGCAGCACAUGGAAGGACUUGGUGCUGACUAAAGGCUGCAGGAAAAUGUCCAGUCUGCGCUUCCACUGCACUGUGGAUCCCUUGCAGCUAACUGUGAAUGUGAACCACCUCAAUGGGCUGAAAAACCAUGAUACCCAAGGUGACAAGAAGAGCAAAGGUUACCAAGGCCCUUGGCCACCAGGCCACCAGAACACGGAUGAUGACAAAGCCAGUUGGUACGGACACAAGCAGCACCCACAAGCAAACUGCCAGCCUAACCAAGAGCAGAGUUCCCAGGGCUGGGAUAGCCAGUCCAGCUCCCCCAACUCGGACAGUGACAGUCCCCAGCCGGUGUGCCCACCGGGAUCCACGGUGUCACUCAUGCAUUCUCCCUCUGGCUCCCGAGCACAGCUUACAAAGACCAGGUGCAGCUUGGCUGACUGGAGCACUUACGCACGUGACCCCCAGAGUGCCACAGGGGAUAAACGGCCUGGCUUGGACAAUGCAGGAGAGGCUAUCCAAGGACAGAGUUUCCUGAAUCAGCCUGCUGGUCCCAGCACGGAGGAACCCACUGCUGCCCGUUCAGAGUGCUCAGCUGCACACGUUCGCCACCAAGUCAAUGAGACACCAUUCAUCCCCAGCCCAAUCCUGCCAGGCCCCAAGCGGGUGGUGUACUCUGCCUUGACUCCCAACCCAGAAUCAGGAGCCUGUCUCAAUAACUGUCCCCACUCAGCACCCCCUCAGAGGAGUCCCAAACACCACUCCGGCCCUAAAUUGCACCAAGGCCUCCCACUGGGCCAGAAAGCUAGACUGUAUGUCUAUCUUGUCAACCCGCAGCCUCCCCAUCAGAAGCGCACUGCUGUAAGGGCACCCCACGAUUUCUCAGCAUCUCGCACUGUCUUGGCCAAGGACUUGCUGGGAAAACAGGCAUCUCACAACCGUCCCUGGGAGGGUUCCAAGCAAGGCUCAAGAGGGCAGGGCAUCUGUGAUCCUCACAUGCAGCGCAAGAGCAUCUGGGAAAGAAAGCGCCAGGCUAGUGUUUUGCAAUCGAGUCCAGGCUAUGAGAAGCUGGUGGGAAGCAGCAGUGGAACCAACAUGACCCAUGAAGAACCUUACUGCCCCAAGCCACCCAUCCUGGUAGACAGAACAAGGGGGAGUUUGGCUUCACCAGCCCCAAGGAGCAGCACCUGA